AUGAUCCGGUUCUUCCUCCUUCUCAAUCGAUCUGGCAAGGCACGGCUUGCAAAGUACUACACCCCACUGUCGGAUGAAGACAAGAAGCGACUGGAGGACGAGGUGUACCGACUCAUCGUCAACCGGGACUCCAAAUUUACAAACUUCAUCGAGUUCAAGACCUACAAGUUGGUGUACCGGCGGUAUGCUGGUCUCUACUUUGUGUUUGCAGUGGACCCCACAGACAACGAGCUCCUGUACCUCGAGAGCAUCCACCUGUUUGUCGAGAUCCUAGACCAUUACUUUGGCAAUGUCUGCGAGCUGGACCUCGUUUUUGGCUUCCAUAAAGUCUACUGCCUGCUGGACGAGUUUGUCAUCGGUGGGGAGAUUCAGGAGACCAGCAAGAAGGCAGGAUGGGGCCAGGGCUUGGGGGUCAUUCUGGAGCGGCUCAAAGAGCUGGAUGCGAUGGAGACCUAG